GAUGGAGGGGUACGCGUGGCCGUAGACUUGGGAGACGUUUCCCCAGGAAGUGAUCCAUUCGGCGCUGUUGGUGACGGGUUUCCGUGCUCCAUGUUCUUCAAUCUCCAAGGUCCUAUCCUGUCCCGGCACGAGCUCGAACUUCCGCUGGCCGACGGCGAAUCGGAUAGAAGGAUGGACCUUGUCGAGGUCCACGUAUCGCAGGUGGACCACGUUAUCGGGGACCACCUCUACAACCCCGCCACCCGUUCCGCCUACCAAGCCACACAGCACCCGCUUCCCCUAAUCCAGAUCCCCGCCUCAGCCAUCAAACAGCAAUACAAAACCUGGCAGUCCGUCCCCUCCUCCGUCUCCCAAACCUUCGACACGCCCAACGGCAAAGUGUGGUUCGAGCUCCGCGCGCUGCGGGCUGAUCAUUUACUGGAUUGGUAUGCCCUGGUGGCGAUCCCGGAGGGGGAUGUGAUGGGCCCGAUUGUGGCGAGUCGGAAGGGGGUGGUGGCUACUUGCUACUUCGUUGGGCGUUGCGGUCGCGAUGUUGACGUUGGCCGCGGCGACGUCCGUGCUUGUUACUAUGCCGAUUCGGAGGCUUACGGCGAUCAUGGAACAAGCAACCUCAAUGGACUUCUCCGCACUGAAAGGUGGAUAUCCCGAGGGUAUGUUCACAUUACGUACGCAAAAUGAGCUUUCUGCUGCUAAAGUCUGGUAUAUCUCGUCUCUGUUGACUGCAUCAAUGCAUCGACUGAUGGGGUCGACGACGGAGAGGGCAAGUAAAGUGAAGUGAUUGGAAGGACCUCUGCUUCAAAGAUUUCAAAAGUGUUGGCUAUUCUGUUGCGACGUACGGAAAUAUGAUUUGUUAGUUGUCGUCCAUUGUGGAGUUGUUCGAGGCUCUUUGUGGAUCAUCUGUGCGUUUCCUCUAAGCGAAGAUCGUGCUGUGUCCAGAUGGUCGGCCAAAUCGGGCUUUCUGAAUGAAUCCACG